AUGUUCUCGAACUUGUUGAAAGACCUUCAACUGUACAGUGCAAGUUUCCGGUAUCUGCUGAAAGCCGAGCAUCGACGUAAACGCAUUCUCAACAAAGCUAGCCGAGCAGGUUUGAAGAACCUCUGUGGGGCGAUAGCAAUAGACACGAGAACGAGAAGCGGAAGGAAUCUCAAUCCUAAUCGUGGUCAACCCAGAGAGAGCGAUAGUGAAGCGGAUGUUCAGCAUGCGACAACUGAAGAGGACAAAAGAAGUGUCUACCUGGCUUUGCGUCAUGUUUUAAGUCCUGCUCCUCAGGUGGUCUCAAAU